ACUGAUAACUCAACUUUAUUUAUAAGGCACUUUAAAACAACCACAGUUCCACACAAAGUGCUGUACAUUAUAUAAAAAUAAAACUUUGAAAAAGCAAUUAAAAAUAGGGCAAAUGAAAUAAUAAUAAAUAAUUAAGUAAUAGCGACGUUAAAGACAAAAAUAAUAUAAUAAUGAUAAUAAAUAUUGCCUCCAUGUAUUUUAUGCACUACAUCUCACAUGGUCUUAUAAAAUAAUACAAUAUAUCGUCUUUGAUACAAUUUAUUGUUUUGACUUAUUUAACAGUACAUGCAGGAGAAUGUCAUUGUGGUAAAAUAUCAAAAUCAUGACGUUGACUUCCAAGGUUGUCAUCCGACAGUGAAUUUAUGACUUUACAUAGCUUCUGUUUUGAAUUGACACAAUAUACAAACCCUAAUUCCAAUUAGUUAGGAUGUUGUGUCAAACCUAAAUGAAAACAAUACUGUACAAUUACUUGCAAAUCCUGUUCAACCUAUUAUCAAUUAAAUACACUCCAAAGACAAGAUAUUUACUGUUCAAACUGAUAAACUUAAACUUAAAACAUCAUUGCUUGUGAACAACUGAACCUUUUGGGGAUGCUCUAACUUACAGUAAUUAAAUUGCUUUCUUGUAAUUAAAUUACUUCACACACACACACACACACACACACAGAAACUUUAGAUCAUGAUUUGAAAGAACGCCGGUACAACUGUUAGUGCUAGCACAAGGUUGCUAGGCUACAGUACGUUUUGUUGCCUGCCUACUUUGUUGCCGUAUCGUAUUAAAAGUAUGUGAACAUACCUCAGGCAAGCCUUGAAUUAAAGUCCUCUCCUGAGCACCGGUGACCACCAGCACACGUUUUUCCCCAUUUGGUUCUUAUAAUACAUAUGACUCGAUCGAUUGUUGUUGUCCUGGCCAUGUUAAUGAGUGUAUCUGGUCGUGUUUGAGUUGACAAGAUAAAGCCCAGUGAUCGUAAAAAAGGGGAUGCGGUGGUAUCGGAAUACAAUAUUUUAUUGCAGUACUCUGACAUAGUGCAAUCGUGAAAGAUUUGUCUUGUAGUCUGAUCCGGACAUUACAUAUUGUCUGUCCCAUAACGCUGACAUGUUUUUUUUUUUUUUUUUAAAUAACUUUAUUGGAUGUCACAUAUUUAUAGUACUACAUCAAAAGACACACGACAAGGCUAAAACUAAAUCAGCUAUUCUAUUAAAAUAUACUGUAAAAGAUGGUAAUGCGGAGUAAAUGUCUUAUGCGUAGCCGAUGAAUGACGUCAUUGAUGGGGUCGGCGAAUUAUGACAUUGAAGCCGAUCAGCAUAAAAUGCUAAUUAUCGGCCGAUACCGAUCAGGCCGAUCAGAUCGGUGUAAAGUCUAGUGUAUUAAAUUGAAUAUAGGUUGAUUUGCACAUUGUGUUCUGUUUUUAUUUACAUUACAUACAAGUUCAUUGGAAUUGGGGUUUGAACAUAAAAUCUAAUCUUACUGAUUUAUAGUGAAUGGAAAAAGUCUACCCACCCAAAUGCCAGACAUGAAAAACGGAUAAAUCAUUUAAAAACUUUUGCCACCCUCAGUGUGGCCUAUUAACCUUACAACUCAAUUUGAUUUAAAAAAAAAUCUAUAUAUAUAUAUAUAUAUGUUCGAGAGGGGAAGUAAAAGUAAACAACUAAAUUAAUGUUGCACAAAUUUGCACACCUUUCUAUGACUGGAAUGUGACUGAGUUUAGAAUCAACCAAUUUAGAGUCAUGUAAAUUGGAGUCACACACACCUGCCACGUUUAAAGUUCCUCUGAUUAACCCUAGAUACAUUUCAGAUGUUCUAGUAGGCUUUUCCUGACUUUUUUUUCUUCCUAGCAGAAUUUUUUGUGCUAGCCCUGACUGCUAUUGCGAACUGUUCAUUAUUCUCGCCACCUUGUCAAAGGCCCCAAUUCCAGCUGAAGAAAAGCAACCCCAAAGCAUGAUGCUGCCACCAUCACCAAACUUCCCCGGGAGGAAGAUGAACUGCAGAGAGGGUGACUGGUGGCUGGCACGCUCCCUGAUCACCGGAGAGAGCGGAUAUAUUCCCAGCAAUUACGUGGCUCCGUCCGACUCCAUCCAAGCAGAAGAUCAUCUCAGACUGACUGCAGAGUCCAGGUGGUACUUUGGCAAGAUCACCCGUCGUGACUCAGAGAGACUGCUGCUCAGUUUGGAGAACAGAAGAGGAACAUUCCUGGUGAGAGAGAGCGAGACCACCAAAGGUGCCUAUUGUUUGUCUGUGCUGGACUACGACAACACCAAGGGGCUGAAUGUGAAACACUACAAGAUCAGGAAGUUGGACAGCGGCGGCUUUUACAUUACAUCUCGCACGCAGUUUAGCACUCUGCAGCAGCUUGUCAGUCACUAUCACAAACAUGCUGAUGGGCUGUGUCACAGUCUUACUGACAUCUGUCCAGUGCUGAAGCCUCAGACUCAGGGCUUAGCCAAGGAUGCCUGGGAGAUCCCCAGGGAUUCUCUUCGUCUAGAUCUCAAGCUCGGACAGGGCUGCUUUGGAGAAGUUUGGAUGGGAACAUGGAACGGUACAACCCGAGUGGCAAUCAAGACUCUGAAACCUGGCACCAUGUCCCCGGAGGCCUUCCUACAGGAGGCCCAGGUCAUGAAGAAGCUGAGGCAUGAAAAGCUGGUUCAGCUAUACGCCGUGGUGUCAGAGGAGCCCAUCUACAUCGUCACUGAGUACAUGGGAAAAGGUAGUUUACUGGAUUUCCUGAAAGGUGAAAUGGGCAAGAUGCUCCGCCUCCCUCAGCUGGUGGACAUGGCGUCACAGAUUGCUUCAGGAAUGGCUUAUGUGGAGAGGAUGAACUACGUGCACAGAGACCUGAGAGCUGCCAACAUCCUGGUGGGAGAUAACCUGGUUUGUAAAGUGGCGGAUUUUGGCCUGGCUCGCCUCAUCGAGGAUAACGAAUACACAGCCAGACAAGGAGCCAAGUUCCCCAUCAAGUGGACAGCUCCCGAGGCGGCUCACUACGGACGCUUCACCAUUAAAUCCGACGUAUGGUCAUUCGGGAUCCUGCUGACCGAACUGGCUACCAAAGGAAGAGUGCCAUAUCCAGGUAUGGUGAACCGGGAGGUUCUGGACCAGGUGGAGCGCGGUUACAGGAUGCCGUGCCCGGCAGAGUGCCCGGAAUCUAUGCACGAGCUGAUGCUGACCUGCUGGAGGAAAGAGCCCGAGGAGAGGCCUACUUUUGAGUAUCUGCAAGGCUUCCUAGAGGAUUACUUCACCUCUACCGAGCCUCAGUACCAGCCUGGGGAGAACUUGUGAGGAAGUGGGCACAUAGGAAACCUCAAACUGGGAUCAAAGGUGACAAGAGGCAACAUUUCAAUCCAAUCAACAGCAACUUCCAGUCUUGUCCAAAGCGACUGCCACGAAGAACACUGUGCUCCAAAGGAGGGCUUGUACUGUGCUCUUUUCUCAUACACCUUUGUUUUUUUGUGUUACCUCGGACGUUUGCCCUCUUUUCCAAUACUGGCGGUGUUGAUGCAAAAUAAACAUUUUGGGACAAAGUGGCACGAAUAAUUUUUCCUCCAUUAUCUGUUGAACGUUGACUUGUUGUCUUCCAUUUUUAUUCUGAUAAUCAAACUGCUAUCAGCUGGGACGAGUUCAGCUGCAAACCUUUUGCUUUCUUUUAUGAUUUUCGUGUGGCUGACUGGAGGCAGGUUCUGUCUCAAAUCAAUUGUGAAAAAACAAAUGGCUACUGAUUUAGUUCAUCUCGGGAUGGAAAAGAGCAGAAUUUUGCUGCAAAAAUGUUUGUGCCAAUGACAUUUUUCAACUCCCGUCCACUGUGCUAAGGUACUCUUCUAAUAUGGUAUAACUGUACCGAUUUCAAGCAUUUGAAUUAAAAGCAGGCGAGUCUUCAUUUAUGUUUGCCUAAUUUUUUAGCCCGUUCCAUUUUGUGUGCAUUUGAAGCACUACCAUACACUGGAAUUCAUGACGCUUAUACUAUCUUCCCAAGAUUACCAUUGAUCAUGUGUUUAUGCCUCAGAUUAGUUUGGAGGUGGUGAGCAGCAAGCCCUUCCAAACACUUUAUGCAUGGCAAAUAAUUUGGCAUCUUGAAUUAAAUGCAAUUGUAAAUAUACUGAAUUUUUAUAAUUUGUAUAUAUAUAUAUAUGCAUAUAUAAUCUUCAUAAUUUAUUUCUUUUAAAAAUAACCCUUUUUGCGUUUAGCAUUACAUAAUUGAGGCAAAGCUGGGCCACACAGAAAAGAAAAAAAUAGCAAAAUGACAAGAAAAAAGUAUGUGAAGUUAAUAAACUCUUAGAUGCAAGAAUUCUAUAUUUUUACCACAAUACAUUUUAAAGGGGCAUGGAAUCAAUGUAAUAAGGGGGGGGGGGGAGUUUGUUCUAAGGGAUGACAGUAGUAAUGUAGUAAGCAUAAAUGGGUACCUAUAUUUUCUUGCAAUAUUGCAAUGUUUUUCCUCAUAUUACAGUUUUCUUAUAAUAAUAUGACUUUAUUCUGUUCUAUUUCCCCCCCACUGUGGCCACUCAAUACCCCGUCAUCCAUAAUCAACUUUAACCUUUCCAGUACUUUUCUGAGUUAUAUCACGUCUAAUGAUACGCUUACGAUGAAAAUACUUUUGCAUUGCAGGUAUGAUUAUUUAUGCAUGUAUUUCUGUGAUACCUUUGGGUUGUUUUAGGAGACAAACAGCUGUACUGACCCUGCAGCAGCUGUACAUGUUUACAUGUUGAUUAGGUUCUGAAUCAUUCUGGUGAUGCAUGAACCGGUGGUACGCACGGUUGCUAUAGCAACAAAAAGAUUGAAGCGCAGUUGUAACAUCUUCUAAGCCCUGUGAACUUGUUUGGUUAUUUAGCAUUACCUUGUGUUUUUAUGAGCAAAAAUGUUGAAAUAAACAUGCAUAAAAAGGGCCAUAUUGCAAGUAUGCUGCCUUGUCAACAAGCCAAGGACAGUUCCUGUGGCGUUCUGUUGGUCUUCUCUUCGACUAUGCAGAGGUUGUAUGUAUGUAUGUGUGUGUGUGUAUAUAUAUAUAUAUAUAAAGUAUAUAUGUAUGUAUGUAUAUAUAUAUAUAUAUAUGUAUGUAUGUAUAUAAAUAUAUAUAUAUAUAUAUAUAUAUAUAUAUAUAUAUAUAUAUAUAUAUGUAUAUAUAUAUGGUGAUACCGCUGUGGUACAUACUCUUUUCUACUGUAUUCAAUGGGAAUGAUGAGAUUAUAGCUUUUUGAUAAAUUCUCCUGAA